GUUAGCAGCAGGUGCGCUUGUGUGUUGCAAAAAUGGCGCGCUGGGGUGACGAUAAGACGUUACAGUUUGUUAUUCUAUACCGAAAUCAUGAAUGCCUGUGGAACCCAAAGUCUUCGCAGUAUAAAAACAAUAUUUUGAGAAACAAUGCGUAUGAAGAUAUGAUAAUGAAGAUGAAUGACCCUACGUUAAGUUUGAAAAGUUUAAAAACAAAAAUCAAGAACCUGAGGUCGGUUUACCACAAUGAACUAAAAAAAAUUGAACAUUCCAAGCGAUCAGGCUCUGGCACCGCUGAGGUAUACAACCCGUCCACGUCAUGGUUCCAUGAAAUGCAUUCUUUUCUGGGAGACACUGGUGACUACAGGACAUCUAUUGAGUUGAAUGUAGAAGAUUCAUCGCAAGAUUCACAAUCAAGUGAUCCUGUUUCCAAUUCCAACCCGAUGACGCCACAGUCCGUGUCACUGAACGUGUCAUCACCCUCGCCUAGUCUAACUACGGAAGACCGACCACAAUCGCGUUCCUCUAGUAACCCAUCAAAACGGCGUAAAAAAGGAGUCUUGGAAGAAGGAUCAAUUACAUGUGCGCUCGAUCGCUUGGAAAAUCUAACUUCUGUUAUAAAUAGACCGACGGAAUACGACGAAUUCCAUUAUUUUGCUCAAAAUGUUGCAGCUCAAUUGCGAGCCCUGCCAUUGUACGCGGCAUUAGAUUUACAAACUGAGAUCCAAACACUUCUGAUUGCAGCAAGACGUCAACACCUAUACCCAAACAUGUCUCCCUUUACACAAAAAAUGAUUUACACACCUCCUACCACAAAUAUAUUACCAACAAUGACUUACACACAUUCUACGACAAAUCAACAAACAAAGACACACACACUGCCUAAUACACAUACACCAACAAUAACUUACACACCUCCUACGAUAAAUACACAAACAAUGACUGACACUCCUCCUAUCACAAAUAUACAAACAAUGACUAACAUACCUCCCACUACAAAUACACAAAUCAUGACUGACACACCUUCUACUACAAAUACACAGGCAAUGACUUAUACUGAUUUGUUGACCAAAGCAUGGGAACAGUGUUGAACCAUAGCAUAGAAAAAUUGUGUUAGAUACCUACUC